AUGCGCGGCGUCGUCGCGCGCCACGCCCCGCUCGCGCGCGCGCUCGUUCGCGCGGGAACGUCGCAGCCGACUUCGCGCGCGCGCGCGCGGCGCAUCUCGACGCCGAGCGCGGCGCCGCUCGACGUCGAAGUCAUCUUGCGUCACGCCGAGCCCGAGCACCGAGACGUCGUCAAACGCGCCGUCGAGCGCGCCGAGCGCGUGCGAGAUCGAUGGACGGUGGAGACGAUCGAGUUUCUCGACCCAGGCGCGCUGCAUUCGGUGGAGAACGCGGUGCGCGCGGUGUGUGGGGACGAAGUGGAAGUUCGAGCGUGGGGCGGCUUUGCGUCCGCGGAGCGACGACGCGCGACGAUCGCGCGCGCGGACAGCGUCGAUGAGGAGGAGAUUCGCGACACCGUGCGCGUGUUGAGGGUGCAGGGGAAUUUUAUGUUCGACGCCGCGACGCAUAGAGAUUUUUUAGGCGCAAUUCUGGGAACUGGCAUUAAACGAGAAAAAGUCGGAGACAUCGUCGUCACCGGAGAGCGGGGCGCCGACGUGAUGGUGUCGCCCGAGAUGGCUGAGUUUUUAAGCACGGCGUUGACUUCGGUGCGAACGGUGAAGGUAGAAGCCCGCGAGGUGGACGCGUCGGAGUUAAAAGUUCCCGAACCAAAGGUGGAGGACAUUUUCUCCUCCGAGUCUAGCACGAGAUUGGACGCUCUCGGGAGCGCGGGAUUUAGGAUGUCGAGAUCGAAAUUCGUCGCGCACGUAGAAUCUGGAGACGUCAAGGUGAAUUGGAAGGAGGUGAAGAAGGGACGGUACGAUCUGAGCGCUGGAGACGUCGUUUCGUGUCGCGGGAAAGGUCGCUUGGAGGUGGUGGAUAUCCAACCCGCGAGAAAAGAGGGAAGGUUUGCUUGCAAUCUUCGGCGCUACGUGUAA